GAACCCAGAUGGCCCCACACCAUCCUGCCUCUCUCUCCCCACAGGUGAGCAGACAUGCUUUUGCCCGGCUGCUGAGAAGCAGCCUGCCCCACCGGCCCCAUGGAGAAUCCCACGCCGGAGACCUUCGUGGAUGUGGACAAGGGGAUCUGCAUCGGCUUCCUCUCGCUCAUGUGCUUCUUCCUGAUGCUCAUGAUGGUGCGCUGCGCAAAGCUCAUCGUGGACCCCUACACCGCCAUCCCCACCUCGACUUGGGAGGAGGAGCAGCUUGACUGACAGCAUCCAUCAGCACGCAGCAGCGCCCAUGAUGGGGACAGACAAGGUGGAGGUGGAAAAUGAGGGGGGAAGGAAAGUAGAUGCUUAACAGUAUUAAUCCUUACUCUUGGUUGCUCCGCUGCUGGACUGGACCAUCUGGAUUCCUUCCAACUCUAUGAUCCUUUGAUUCCAUGAUUCUCAUAGUAGUUCUCCAGUUCCAUGAAGCAGUGGAAAG